AUGGAGCAGCAUCAUAUCGCCGGUCCGCCCACUGGCACAACGUCUAUCCCUUCGUCCGAAAAGUCGAGCCAGCUUCUGAUCCGUGACUAUCCACACCGAGCGAUCGCCAUAGCGACUCCCACGCAUGCCCUCAUCCUUCGCCACAGCUCUACGACCUCGGAAGCCAUAAACGAUGGUUUGCUCGCCACGGUGCCGUCUGCACGGCCUCGCACCGAUAAUCACACGGCGAAAUGCAUGGUCGAGUUUGCACCGGUUACCAAGUCCCUGUUGGCGGACUUCAGGCCCUUGACUCCUCGGCCGGUGUACGGAACUCUUGGUCUCAUCUCCAUAGAUCAGGAUGUGUUUCUUUGUGUGGUUACUCACGCCACAAGAGUCGCUCAGCUGCGCCCUGGCGAGACCGUGGAGCGCAUCGUGAGCGUCAACUUCUUCUGUCUCAAUAGCGCAGCGUACGACAAUGUGUACUUGUUGAAUCCCUACGAUACCGAGACGGCUGACUCGGCCUCCGUCUACGGCCAGAACUUGGCCAGGAGGGAGGGUGAGAUCGAGUACCCAUAUCAGGAGUUGCAGAAGCUCCUUAGUAAUGGAAGCUUCUACUAUAGCACGGAUUUCGACCUGACGAACAGACUCCAAGACCGGCCCGUUGAUUCAGACACCUUCAACAUAGACAACUUUGACGACGCCUUCUUGUGGAAUUCGUUCAUGGUCAAUCCUUUGCUUCGCUUUCGCUCACGGCUCCGGCCUCACGAGCGCGAGGCGCUGGAUGCUUCACGGAUACUCACGUCUGCCAUACGGGGUUUCUGUCUCACCAUGACAAUCCCGCAGUCCGCAGCACCUCUCAGAGCUGCAAACACUGGUCGACCAUCUUUCCUCACGGUUGUCUCGCGUUUAUCUUGUCAGAGGGCCGGCACUCGGUUCAACAGUCGAGGUAUCGACGAUGAUGGCCACGUUGCGAACUUUGUCGAAACAGAAACUAUAUACUGGAGUCCGACGGGUGUCCUCUUCUCGUACGCCCAAGUUCGAGGCUCGGUGCCAGUAUUUUGGGAGCAAGCUGCCGGACUCAUUCCGGGGCAGCAGAAGAUCACUGUCACACGUUCAGCGGAUGGAGCCCAGCCUGCUUUCGACAGGCACUUUGAAGAAUUAGAGCAAUCGUACGGUGCUGUACAUGUUGUCAACUUGCUCAGCGCCACCAAGCCUGAAGAGGCACAGCUGACCCAGCUGUACCAUUAUGGGAUCCGGCACAGUCCACUAUCACGCACUGGAACAACUCAAGAUGCUGAUCAUGCCCUCCUGCGGCACACAGACUAUGACUUCCAUGCCGAGACGAGAGCGACUGGCUAUGAAGCUGCCAGAGGCAUUCGACAAUACAUAGAGAACUCCGCCGAUGGCUUCGCAUAUUAUCUUGCUGAGGAAACAGAUGAUAUGUAUGAAACAGGUGGAGAGCUGGGUGAUCGCCGGAGGUUGGUGGUGGUGCUUCAGCAAGAGGGCAUUUUUAGGACCAAUUGUCUAGACUGUCUUGAUCGGACGAAUCUCAUCCAAACCCUGAUCUCGCAGCUGGCCGUCGAGUCGUUCCUCAACCACCGUGGGGAGUACGCGGCCUCAGAUUUCUGGAUGAGACACUCUACCCUCUGGGCCGAUAAUGGCGACGCUCUCUCAAGAAUCUAUGCUGGAACAGGAGCUCUAAAGACCUCAUUCACUCGGCAUGGAAAGAUGUCUCUCGCCGGUGCUUUCGCCGAUGCCCGAAAGAGUGCCACCAGACUCUAUAUCAACAACUUUGCCGACAAGGCGAGGCAGAAUACCAUUGAUCUCUUGCUUGGAAGGCUAGUCGGGCAAGCCCCUGUGCUACUCUUCGACCCAAUCAGUGACUUUAUCUCCAACGAGCUUGCGAAACGCAGCAAUGAGUAUUCUUCGACAGAGACCGUCAACAUAUGGGUCGGAACUUUCAAUCUGAAUGGCAAGACAACUGGCAUCCAAGACGACCUUUCGCCAUGGUUGUUUCCUCCGGAGCUCGGCUCGGAGCAGCCCGAGAUUGUGGUUGUUGGCUUUCAAGAGAUUGUCGAGCUCAGUGCACAGCAAAUCAUGAACAGCGACCCAACAAGAAAGCAGCAGUGGGAGAAGGCUAUAAAGACGGCACUCAAUCGAAGAGCCGAUGAGUUGAAUGGCGAGCGCUAUGUCCUCCUUCGGAGCGGACAGCUUGUAGGUGCUGCAUUGUGCAUAUUCGUAAAGUCUUCUGCACUGCCAAAAAUCAAGAACGUCGAGGGAAGUGUUAAGAAGACAGGCAUGUCGGGGAUUGCUGGCAACAAGGGUGCCGUCGGUAUCCGAAUGGAGUACGCCAAUACCCAAAUAUGUUUCGUCACUGCCCAUCUUGCGGCAGGAUUCGCAAACUACGACGAACGGAACCGAGAUUAUGCAACUAUCGACCACGGACUCAGGUUUCAGAGGAACAGAGGCAUUGUCGAUCAUGACACCGUCAUUUGGCUGGGGGAUUUCAAUUACCGUGUCGGUUUGACUUACGAGAGAGCCAUGGAACUUGUUCGGAGGAGGGAUAUUGAAAAGCUCUACGAGAACGAUCAAUUGAAUCUUCAAAUGGUUGCUGGUCUCUCUUUUCCGCACUACUCUGAGGCUCGCAUCACCUUCAUGCCAACCUACAAAUUUGACAUUGGCACAGAUCGAUACGACACCUCCGAGAAAGCUCGAAUACCCGCCUGGACAGAUCGCAUCUUGCGCAAAGGCACGAAUAUAAGGCAGCUAUGCUACAACUCUGCUGAUCUGAGGUUCUCUGAUCACAGACCUGUGUACGCCACGUUUCAAUGUACUGUCAGUAUUGUGGACGAGGCGAGGCGCGACAAGCUCAGCCGGCAGUUGUACGAGCGGCGUAGGGCCGAAGUGGGACAAUCCGUCGCGAACUUGUUGAGCGAGGACUCAGAUGAAGAUGAAGAUCUGAUCGGUUACGAUCCUAUCGAGCCAGGGCUCCCACCUGCAAGUUCGGACCAGCAACGAUGGUGGCUAGACAACGGCAAGAUGGCACAAUCAACAAUCGCGCCGCCUAAAAGCUCAGGGAACAACCAGGAGGACUCCGUCAUGACAUUGAACCCCAAGCGACCUGCGAAUCCUUUCACUCCCACUGAGGAGCCUGACUGGGUUGCUGUUCCUCGGUCCAACUCGAGGCUGUCAUCCUUCUCAUCAUUGUCCAGCUCACCUUACGAGCAUGUUGGUCAUUCCAUGCAACUAGCAGCCAGCGCGUCCACGAUUCCGCCACGCAAGUUGCCGCCCCCAUUCGACUCGACCAAGCUGGCAGGACAGACUGGGCGAAUGCAGCUGGCGGACGACACGCCCGCCACGAGGCAAAGAGUCGAAGUUGCCCCUCCGCCGCCACCUCGUCGGACCACAGGUGCCCAGAUUAAUGCGGUUCCCGCCGCGCCCUUAUCCACCACUUCUGUAGGCAGUUCCGAAUCUGUCCCAUUGAGCAGCACGGGGAGCAGCACAGCUACGCAGGGUGGCAACAAGUCCAAGCCGCCACCAGUAGCGCGCAAACCGGCACAUCUAAGCACAACGUCCCCCGCGACCAGCCCAAGGCUGUCAGAAGCUACCAUGACCGGUGACCCGGGCAAGACCUCCCCGCUGCGACCGCCGUCCGGAAAGAUCUCUGAUCUGACUUCAAGGCUUCAGGCAACAGGUCAGGGACAUCUGACGGGCGGGAUGCAGCGCACGACGUCCUUCCCGCUGAAAGGCACGGCCCCCGGGACGGGCCACCAUCCAGGACCCACAUCACCACCGGGCGGCGUCAGCCUGCCGGGCCUUGGCCAGCUUGAGCGCAAGGCGGUCCCACCCAGACGAGCCGGAACGUUUGCGGGUUCAGAUGCGCAGGCAGCCUAUCAACAACAUCAGCCGGCUGGGAGAAGCAUCCCACGGAAGCCUAUCGAUCUGCUGGACAGUGACGAGGGCAGCGACAUGAAUGGCUGGGAGACCUUGAAACCCACAUGA